UAAUCACCCUGUGAGACACACACCUGACAGACCAACAGGUUACAAUGCCAACAACGGCCCCAUUUUAAUCACGGUCCCUAACCACGUCCACAUUCAGUGGAUAAAUCCAUCAAACUCACCACCGAGUCAUGACACCCCCACAUCUUUCCAUAGUUCACUCUACGUCGCACGUCAUCAUGCUUAUUCGGCCCUCACAAAGACUGCUUCGCCCACCGGCAUCACAGGCAAAAUCACUAUAGACACGUACGAGCACCCCAAUCACUCCUCCAUUACAAGGAGUUUCACUCCCCGCAAAAAACGUAAACAACUAUCCCAAUAA